AUGGAACAAAUACUUAAUAAAAUGGAAAAAGAGAAACAAGCAGAAGUCAGUCAGUUAACUAACGAAUUACGUGAGUCACUCAAUGAAUUCAAAGAACUUCAAUUCAAUCGCCUUUAUGAACUUGAUGCUUUUAUCUUAAAAAUAAAUCCUGAUGAUGAAAUUCAACUAAAUUAUGUUAAAUGUCAACUCGGUUCCAUUCUUAACAAAAUAAAUUCUCUUCAUAUCAAUAUUCUUGUACAGAUAGUUGAUCGAUCGAAACGACAACGUUUAUCAACUCCACUUGCUCGAAAUGCACUUCAACUAAUUAAAAUAUUUGAAUUUCGAAAUCCAAAAGUUUCUUCUAAUUUUCUUGAUCGACUGAAAAAUAUUUUUCGUCGUCUAUCAAUUACCGGUGCAAGUCAUUACAAUGUCUAUGUCAUUGAACACCAGAAAAUUUUUUAA